CUGGUUCCUCCGCUCCUCAUUCACUAGAAGAUGGCGGACUGCGCUCCACUAUUAGAUGAGGAACUCUCGUCCUUUGUCUUCAGUUACCUGACAGAGACAUCCGGCAGCCAGUAUGGGGAGGAGGAGGUGUGUUCGGACCGCUUGGACAAUGACUUCCCGGACAUCGACCUCUCGCAGCUGGACACCAGCGACUUCGACAGCGUCAACUGUCUCAGCGAGCUGCAGUGGUGCAACGACCAGUCGACGGACGCGUCUCCGUCCUCCAUCCACUACAGCACGGCGGACGAGCUCUUUGAGGAGGAGAAUGCCGCCCUGCUCGCCGCUCUGACAGACAGCCUGGAUGGGAUGGUGGACGCCGAGGUGAGCGGGCUCUCCGUCUUCCCCGUCCUGGGGGAGGGGCCCGACCAGGAAGAGGAAAACGAGGACAAUCUCUCUCUGAGCACCGAAGACUUCCGCCGAUCCCUGGGGGCCGACACAGAGGACCCAUCUCUGCUGAAGAAGCUGCUGCUGACGCCGCCCAACGUUCCCGCGGGAAUCGACACACAGAAGGUCAACGGCCAUCGGUACAGCAACCGCAGCCUCCGGACGGUCAAACCUCUGGUCAAGUGCGACCUCCGUCCGGACAGGAAGCCCCGCGCUGUGCGUCCGGCCGGCCGCCUCUGCACCGAGCUGCACCGACACCUGACCACCGCCCGGGACCACGAGGACGCCCAGGCCCCCGACACCGAGGAGGACGAGGAGGAAGAGGAGGACGAGGACAGUGAGUCGGAGGAGGACGAAGAGGAGGAGGAGGAGGAGUCUUCCAGCAGCGAGGUGGAGGGUGGGGGAGUCGCUGCUCCUCCCCCCGCCGAACCGCCGAAACCUCAGUUCAGCUCGGAGAAGGAGCUGCGCUCGGUGGUGGAUCUGAUCACCUACAUGCACACCUACUGCCUGCCCAGCCGCAAGCAGCAGGGCUGGGAUCGCAAGGAGGCGCCGAGGCCCCGGGCCCGACACGAGGCCCCCCGCCCCCCCACAACCUCCCACAGCAGAGUCGUAUUGGUGGCGGCUCCGGGGACUGGGAGCAUCAGCGCCCCCCGCAGGCUGCCCUUUGCAAGGCGGCGGGAGAUGAAGGCCAAUUCCCUUCUCCGAGAUCUCCUGCAGCAGAGCAGCUCGUACGACGUGAGCAAGCCUUACAGACUGCACAGCCCCCCGUAUGUCCACUCCCCCAGCAGAGUCUCUCCCCCGGCUAAAUCGGCCUCCCCCGUCUCCUCUCACGGACCCACCUCCACCGCCUCCGCUAAGCUGGAGCUCCGUAAAGACUCCCAGCAGAGGAGGCCUCAGAGCCCGGAGGACUCGGCGGAGGACGGCGGCUCGUUCUCGGUGCGUCGCUCCCGCCGCCUGGCCUCCUUCCCCAGCCGCUUCGCCAAGAGGCUGCGGCCCGGACGGGAGAGGGAGGGAGUCGUCGGGAAAGACAGGGAGGAAAGGGAGGAGGCAAGAGCCGGGGUCAAACUGCUGCCGACACAAGCAGGAGGAGCGACUACGAUGACAGAGACCGAGCAGCUGACGUCCGGAGAACAAGACAACAAACCCUGCUGCCACCACGAGAAGCGAGCCUGCCUCUGUCUGCCUCUCAACCCCAAGAACACAGGAGAGUCCCAGUACAGCAGCAAGCCUUUCGAGCAGACGCUGGGUGUGGACCUAUGUGGGACGGCAGGUCUCACCCCCCCAACAACCCCGCCUCACAAACCAGUGGAGGAUGAGCUCUUCAAACCAUCAGAGGCAGGAAAACCGGGGGAGGGGAUGGGCGGCGGCAGCAGGGGCGACGGCGGCGGAGGAGGCGUCUCCACGAAGGCCUCGUCCUGGCUGAGCCGCGCCCACCCCCCGCGGAAGCUUCCGGAACAAACGGAGCUGUACGCCCAGCUGCGCCGCAUGGGCCAGGCCGGCGACACCGACACCUACCGCACCUUCGGAGACCACGACUACUGCGCCCUGAGCGUCGGGGAGAGCCGCAAGCGCAGCGCCGACAUGCUGGGCGCCAUCCUGCAGGCCCAGAGCGGGGGGGAUGGAGGCCGGGCACCGAAAGUUGCAGACGAUCAGGGGUCGGGGGAGAGGGAGCGGGAGGACGGGGAGGGGCUGGUGGCGUCGCAAAUCGCAGACCUGCUGGAACAGCAGACCCCCACCACCACGAGGAGGCUGGUGAUCUCGUCGACGCCACCGCCAUCGCACUGCCACGCAGCGACCGCCACGCCGCCGGUGAGCGAGGAAGAGGCGGAGCGCUCGUCUGCGUCCCGCUCGCCCUCACCCACAAUCCACCUGUGUCCCGACUCCCCCGCCAGCAAGACUGACUCCAGUGAGAACUCGGAGAUCUGUCCCGACGACAAGAGGAACAAAGCCAAGUCUGACGAGGACAACUGCCAGGUGUUCUACAUCCACAACCUGCCAUCCAGCGUGACCCAGAACAUGCUGCGGAAACGCUUCCAGGUGUUUGGAAAACCCGAGGACUGCAAAGUCAUCAUCUGCAACGAGGAGCGCUGUGGGGUGAUAAAGAUCCGCCAGGCGGGGGUUCAGAAGCACUGGAGGGAGCGGGAGACGGUUUUCCAGAACGCUCCUGCAGGUCUGAGGCGGCUGACGAGGAAACGCUACAUAGAUCUCGACGAGGCAGGCCCGGGCCCCGUCAAGAGCAAGUACGAUGCACUGGACUUUGACACUCUGCUGAAGGAGGCCCAGAAGUCCUUGCACCGCUGACAGUGCCCCCGUCUGGCCAGCCUUAGUGAACUGCAGCAACACCCUCUACUACACGGCCCUCUGACGGGCCACUAGUACCUCCAUGCAAGGCAACCUCGCAAAAUGUUUACAUUUUUACCAUUGGAAUAAAGUAGUGAUAAGGACCUCGUCGUUUUUUUUUGUUUGUUUUCGUUCACCGGAGGAUAUCGCUUAAUAACGAGGAAGGGAGUCCGGAGAGUGAAAUGAUUUAACAGCAGCGGUACAACGAGUACGAACGAUGCCGCUACAGUUGUUUGCUGACAAUAACCGAGCCGUCUGUCGGUGACUUCACUGCCCGCCUGGAGCGCGGGCGGGGGGACCUCUGUAGCAAACCCUUGCUAUUCCUGCGUUGGUCGUCGUGGUGUGUGUGUUUCUGCGUGUGCGUGUUCUUUGUUCUGUUUGUUUUGUAAAAAAAGAUAAAGCCUCCCUCUUUCCGGUUACGGGUGGUGGCGCUGCACGCUGUGCGGCCGUGAACCAGAACAAAAAAAACCCCCUGCUUUGUUUUAGCGAAAAAUUGUGGAUGUUAUAAAUUCUAAAAAUCUAUUGUGUGUGUGUUAUGGACAAAGAAUAUAUAAAAUACAUUUAACGUAAUCAUUUGAUGACUGAUACAAGUUUACAGAUCUAAAAUGAAGAAGAAGAAAAUCAUGUUUGUUUUCUUUUUGUAACUGUAGUGCUUCCUUGAUUUGAUCUAUGCACUGUACGGAGGGGAGCGUCUCCUCCUCCUUCCCUGACUCUGCCGGGCUCGAGGCUCUGCUACUGGCUGCUGCAGGCUCCGUUUGCUAGGCGAUUUAUACAUUAAGGCCCCGACUACGACCUGGAAAUGUACUUUAUGUAAUCCAACCCAUGCAAACACGGAUUGGAAAGGCAAUACCUGCUGUGUUGGUGAAGCAAACCGAAAAGACCUGCGGGAUACUCAGAAGCGUGCUGCAUCGGUUGCUUCCAGGUCUGGAGGGGUCUUGAUGUAUCCUCUUGAUGUAUCCUUGGUAGGGUCCCACUGAACAUGUGUCCUCUGAAGGCUGAAGCCUCAUGACACCCACAGCCAAUGCAACACUUACUGUUUACAUUCGGACUGCUGCAAGCGGGACGGAGAUGGGGAAAUGGAGAUGGUAGCCAUAGAAUACUUUGUGAACUCCUCACAGCUGCACUUUGUCCAGAUCAUCCCAGUCCAUGCCCCCAUUACAGACCAUUCAGCUAUUGUUAGUGUCCUGGUGACACAUUAAGGGGGGGGGACCAUUCUUCUCCCCCUGUGAUCCACAUCAUCCUCAUCAUCGCAGGAAGUAGACGAAUCUGUUGGAAUGUAUUCAAGAAUUUGAAUGUAAUCAUCGAGUUUUCCCCAUGUCUGCUUGCCCAAAGAUUGUGGAGUUUUUUUGGUGCUUUAAAGUAAGUUGUCCGGUCGACUGCCUGCAGGAAGUUCCCGUCUGAAGUGCAGUCCGGUUAGAACCGCUUCCCUGACGCAGCCAGUAGCAGUGACACAAAGGGAGAGAGCCUCCACACCUGGUGGCACCGAGGGCGAGCGAGGGACGGGCUUGAAAGUAAAGAACAAAAAAAACAAUCUGCCGAAAAUCUGGUUUCUCACCCGGGAGGUAUCAGCUGAUCUCUACCUCACACCAUCCGUCCCUCUCUCGUCUCCUGGAGGCUCUCUGCCGUCUCCUCGGUUCCUCACUUUCCUUUUAGAAAUGAUCUGUCCGUCCCCGGGCGGUUCUGGGUUUUGACUUUUGAUACUACGACCCCCCCACUAAAGGGGAGUAAUCUCUCUCUCUUUCUCUAACUCUUUCCUCCGCUUGCCUCAUACCGGUUUUAAGCGUGUCCGUCACUUGGAGUCUCGACCGUGUGUCCGUGUGUUUCUGAGUGUUUCGUCUUUGUCUCGUGUUUGAGUCGGACACUGCUGGCGCUUGCAGGUCGGUGAGGAGGGGGCGAACGCUGGCUUUAGGGGUUGUUCGGUCCUCGAUGGAAGGGGAAGAGUCUCUCGGUUUUUAUUCAGGGACACGUUCCUCCUCUCCUCGCCUAAGAAUUUCAAUUAAUCGCAGCCCGACUCCCUCUAUCGCUUUCCGUCGCGUGGGUUCUAGGCCUCUUCCCCAAACCCCUGGUAAUCCGCUUGAUAACAAAUAGUCCCUCUUUCACCCGUCCUCUUUCUCUAUCUAAUCAACUCCUUGGUAACACACACAACAAAUUGAAUGUUUACAUCACUCGAUUCUCCUUUGACUUUAUUAGGAACGCACACUUAGUACAAAGGCGCCUUAUUCAGUGUUUAAAAAAUAAGAAUUCACCGCAGAGUGAAGUUUCCCUCCCCAGGCUCACUGAUGUCCCAAUCUAACAGAAACUCUUUAGUGCUAUACAUACUGAUGAGAAGUAGAGACGAUAUUUAAAACCACAAACAACUGAAUAAGUGUUUGUGCUUCGUAUGUACAGUACUAAACAAGUGAGAGAAUGUGCUGGUUUACAUAAAAAAGACGAUAUAUGAAUAUAAAUGUGUAUAUAGCACUAUGCCUCGUUGUAAACAUAAAUUGUAUUGUGUGUUUUUUUAUUUUGAAGGUUAUAGUAAUCACAUCCAGUUCAGUACAGGGAGGACUUGAAGGGAAUUCACACUGUUGUAAAAGAAGGACAAAACACAUCCCUUUAGAAGACCACACUAAACGCUUCUGUUCUGAAAUAUUUUUUAACGUUUUCUUAAGUGUUUUCUUAAAGAGCAAUUUGAAAUGCAAUACAUAAUAAUCUUAUCUUUAAGACAGCCUUUCCGAGACACUGAGGUAAUAAUAUAUAUAUAUAUAGGUUGGUUGUUGAGCGACGGAUCCAUAGAUACUGUACUUUCUGUAGACUGCUGUUAAACACAAAAAGACGUGGGAGCUACGGAGCAGGGGUGGGUGGCUGCGGACACGAAUACAAAACUAAUCGUAGAUAUACUCUUGCACAAACAACUUCCCGAGUGGUGAAAUAUCUUCACAGUUUUUCUUCUCGUUGAAAGGAAGCCAUUGUAACUGUCCUCACCUCCGAGGGUGCAGCCAGCAGCUGGGGGAGGGAUGUGGGGGGGGGGGUCGUCGCUGGUUUGACCCUGUUUUAGUUUCACAUUAGUUGAUACCGAUAAGGAAGACACUGCAGAAAUCCUGCGAUACUCCUCGACUUUCUACCUCCAAGGACAAUAUAUCUUACAGGGGGGGGGGGCUGGUGGUCCUAGAUGCUAAGUGAAGCAUAAAAACAGUCGGAUUCUGCCAAUUCGGGAACAAAUCAGAACUUUACCUUGAGAGGAAGUCAUGGGGUUUUUAUCGGAGAAGUUAGAGCUGAGCUAACGGCUAAAUGCUAACUUCGCUAUCGUUAGCAUGUCUCGCUAGCCUUUCCACAUCACAAAGCUAGCUCCCGUUUGGCGGGUCGGGAGGAAGACCUUCGUUUCUACAUGUUGAGGAUAUGUUGAAACUGAAGUCUGUGGGGGGUGGGGGGUUUCUCCAGUGUCUACCGCCGUGCCAGUGAGGGUGCCUCGAUUUUCUAGAGGUGAAUGACGUUGAAGAACCCGUUUUUCAUCCUGGCAAGCCUUAAAAUCAAUCGGGAGGGAAAACGAAGCUAACCACUAGCUUUUAUUAUUGCGGUUUCAACUCCUUUCCAAUCCAAUGUGGUUUAUUAUUAAAUGAUUACUGACGUAAUUACAACUUUUUUCAAUAGCCAUAUUAUAAAAAGGUAUAUACAUAUAUAUGAAUAUAUAUAUUUGUGUGUUUGUGUAGAUAUCUAGAUGAUUAUAUACUUUCUUAUAGAAAACUUUGAUGUUGACCAUUCUCCUCGGUGUUUUGAGAACACGUUUCAACAGAAUAACCAACUGCUGUCCGCUCGGUCUAGGUCCUAGGUCCAUGGACAACGAAUCCAAAUAAAAAAGAAAAGUAAAAAAAAAACGAUCCAUCCUUCCAAAGGGAAAGCCCUCAUCAGAAUGCAAUACCUUUCUGCCCAUUCUUCAUUUCAGGAAAAAAUGGAAAACGGCAAGAAAACCAUAAAACUUGAUAGGCAAGUUGACCAAAAAGAUCCAACUUUACACACCGACGAUAACGACCGUGGAGGGGGCGUUUUCCACGGCCACGUCAGAUCCCGUUUUGUAGAGGUUUCCGAUGCCACUAAAAACACGUCUUUGUUUUCACGUCACUUCCGGUUUUACUUUCGGGAAAAACAAUGUAUCUGUCAGCUAUAGCUACACCGUCAGAGAGUGCGUUCAAUUCCUCUUCCAGGUCCGAUCUACAGUGGUUCAACACACACACACACACACACACACACACACACACACACACACACACACACACACACACACACACACACACACACACACACACACACACACACACACACACACACUAAUGGGUAACCUGUCAAACUUGAUGUCAAACAGGCACUUCGUAGGGACUGCAAACUGUCUAAAUCUGCUGAAUGUGAGCGGCUGUUUUCUGGUGGAAGUGAAUAUUUUGACAUAAAGGGCAUACAUUGUUUUUGAUGUUUUUCAUUACUCUUGAUUUUAUUGUCUAUUUACAUCUAAUGACUAUCAAAUCCACAUAAAUGAUUUCUGUUUUUUAACUUUAGUUUUUGGUAAAAACAAAAGGUAAAUACUGCUAGUGAGAUUUUAUAUUUUUACAUAUGUUGGUUUUAUUUUGCGUUUCUUUUUUUAUUUAUACGCCACUUAGUUUGGAUGUCUUUAAAUGGUGUUUCUUUUCUUUGUUUUGUGUGAUUUCAUAUGUCUUGAGAAUGUGGAGACAAAGGCAUUUCAGUAUUUUUGAAUUGUUAAAAUCUAGUUUCAUAGAAGCGGAAGUAUCUGAUGUUAUAAAUUAUAUUUUAAUUCAUGUAAAAAGUUUAAAACAGAAGACGAUGGCUUCCUUUUAAACUGAAUACAUUUCUCUUCAGAGAUUGUUUACAUUAUGAAACUGUAGAGAUGUGCUCCUCAUAUACUGUAUAAAGUACAUAUAUUCAUUGAUUUGCCUCCAAAAAAUAAAAUCCUAAUGAACAGCA